AUGAAAUUCAAACAGCUCGGUAAAGGCGUAAUUCGAUCGCUCAAUGAAAAACCCAACGAAAAAUCUGUCGGAAAACCCGUUCAAAAUGAACCAGCUGAUCGUUUGACCAUCCCCAGACCUGUAUUUUUGCGCUGGUUCAAAAGCCAACUGAAGGAGCUGUGCCAAGCUACCGCUCUGCAUGGGUACAGUCAAAUUGUCCGCGAAGGCUACACUCCAUUGGAACGUGCCAUUUGGAUUUUCUCGGUAAGCUCCGCUUUCAUUACGGCUACCGUACUGCUCUGGAUCUCGUGGACCUGGAAUGCCGAAACUCCUACGGUUACUGUAAUCGAAAGCACCAACUAUGCCACCUGGAAUGUCCCCUUUCCUGCUGUGACUAUUUGCAAUUUGAACAAAAUUCACUACGGAAAUGCAUUGAAAUGGGCCGAGAAGAUGAUUCGCCCAGACAAUCUCAGCGCAGAGCAAUUGGUGCGGGAUUUCCGACUUUUGCUGCACAUAAAUGGAUUAGCAGAAAGCAAAACAAGCGAGUACAAUGCAUUGCACAAUCUGAUGUUGCUAAACAAUCUGGAAGUUCCCCAACUGAUGGGAGAGUUUGCCCCAUCGUGUUCCUCUAUGUUCGAGCGAUGCAUGUGGAAGGGAACCCAGUGGAGGUGCGAUAACCUGUUUCAAAUCGUCAAUACCACAGAAGGACUAUGCUGCUCGUUCAAUUACUACGGGACGAGAUCCAACAACUAUUUGAAGAAAAUUUCAGCAAGCAUUCCAACCGAGCCCAGACGAGUCACUGCCAGCGGUUACCAAACAGGUCUGUCAUUGAUUCUCAAUCCAGAUGUGGAAAAUUAUCACACCACCGACAUUGCAACAACGGGAUUUAAAUUUCUAAUCCACAAUCCUUUCGACUAUCCGGAUGAGAACGCUGAGACGAAGAUAGUCGGUUCCAAUAUGGAGGCUUUCAUCUCAAUCCUACCAAGGGAAACCUACACCACGGAGGAUGCCUUCACCUUAAAUCCCGUCGAUCGAAACUGCUACGCAUACAACGAGAUACGAAUGAACACAAUGCAACGGUAUUCAUUCGUCAAUUGUAUGGUCGAAUGUCGUACGGAGCACAUUUACAAAAUGUGCCAAUGCGUCCCGUACAACCUUCCAAACAAUGGUACCUAUCGCAAUUGUGAGAUGAUCGAUAUGCCGUGUCUAUUGGACUAUCAUGAACUGUACAGCACUGCCAUUCCGGUAAUGAACCUAUCGGUGACGAAGGUGAUGGAAAAGGUUCCUAUGGUAUGUGACUGUCUGCCAAGUUGUGAAAUGGUGCAGUAUCCAGUAGAAAUGAGCUACGGUUUUUUGAAUCGGGAGUAUUCCUACAAUUCGUUGGCAUUUUUCAAGGAUAUCGAACUCGUCAACCAGACUGCAGUGCAUAUCUACUUUAACGAUUUGGUGUCAACUCGUUUCCGAAAGGAUAUCUAUCAGAACUGGCUCGGAGUGUUGGCAUCAUUCGGUGGAAUACUUGGGCUGUUUCUUGGCUUUAGCAUUAUCACGGCGUUCGAAGUCGUCUACUUCUUUAGCAUCAGAGUGCUGUUCGAUGUUUUUGCCAAGCCGAAUGAGCAGCAGGACGAGGAGGAGGGCGAAAGAGAUUGAUGGAAACGCG